GGUUGUUUUUUUUUCCUUUUUUUCUCUCCCCCCCUCUUUUCUUUUCCUUUCUUUUUUUUUCUUUUUUUGGUGGGGAGAGGGGGGGGGCCUCGGUCCUCGCUGGGGAAGAUGGCUGCGAGCUGGUGGUUCUUCUUCAGCCUGACCCUUUGCCAGUCUUUGGUGAUCAACCUCUCCGCCGAAGGGCCCUUCCCGUCGCCCACCACGAUAAAACGGUGGGUGGACAUGAUGCAGGAAGACCUCGUGCGGCUUGUGAGAACAGCCAGUGGGGUGGAUGAACUCGUUCAAAUCUAUCAGCGUAACAAACACUUAUACACAGUGGAAGCCAACAACGCCCGGCAGUUAGUGGAAAGUGCUGCUCAAGACAUUGAGAAGCUCCUGAGUAACAGAUCGACAGCUUUGGUGCGUCUUGCUGAAGCAGCAGAAAAAUUCCAGAAAGAACAUCAGUGGCAGGAUGAAUUUGCGACGAAUGAUAUUGUCUACUACAAUGCAAAAGAAGACCUGAAUGAUUCUGGAAGAAGCGAGAACGAAACAGGGAGCCAAAGAAUCAAACCUCUGUUUGAAGAAGACCCUUUGUUUGGUCGACAAACAUCAUAUCAACAUGCUGCUGUCCAUAUACCAACCGAUAUCUACGAUGGCUCUACCAUCGUGUUGAAUGAACUGAACUGGACGGGUGCCUUGGAUGAAGUCUUUAAAAAGAACAGAGAGGAAGAUCAAAGUCUGCUGUGGCAGGUUUUUGGCAGCGCCACCGGCCUCGCUAGAUAUUACCCAGCAUCUCCCUGGGUGGACAAGAGUCAAACGCAGAACAAGAUCGAUCUGUAUGAUGUCCGUAGAAGACCCUGGUAUAUCCAAGGCGCUGCCUCUCCAAAAGAUAUGCUGAUCCUCGUUGAUGCAAGUGGGAGCGUCAGUGGGUUGACCCUGAAGUUGAUCCGGACGUCUGUCAUUGAAAUGUUGGAAACCUUGUCAGACGAUGACUUUGUGAACGUGGUUUCCUUCAAUGAUAAAGCUCAAAACGUCAGUUGUUUCAACCAUCUGGUACAAGCUAACGUGAGGAAUAAGAAAAAGUUGAAGGAAGCGGUCUACAAAAUCCAAGCAAAAGGCAUCACCGAUUACAAAAAGGGGUUCAGCUACGCUUUUGAGCAGCUACUCAAUAAUAGUCAGAGUGUCUUCAGAGCUAACUGCAACAAAAUUAUAAUGUUGUUUACUGAUGGAGGUGAAGAAAAAGCUCAGGAGAUAUUUGAGAAAUACAAUAAGGACAAGAAGGUCCGUGUGUUUACAUUUUCUGUUGGUCAACAUAAUUAUGACAAAGGACCCAUACAGUGGAUGGCCUGUGAAAAUAAAGGUUAUUAUUACGAAAUUCCUUCCAUUGGCGCCAUAAGAAUAAACACACAGGAAUACUUGGAUGUUUUGGGCAGGCCGAUGGUCCUAGCUGAACAAAAAGCGAAACAAGUCCAGUGGACCAACGUUUAUUUAGAUGCCCUGGAACUUGGAUUGGUCAUUUCCGGAACUUUGCCUGUCUUCAACUUAACCAAAGAUCAAAAUAAUGUUCAGAACCAGUUGAUUCUUGGUGUAAUGGGAGUUGAUGUGUCUCUAGAAGAAAUUAAGAAACUGACCCCUCGAUUCACCCUGUGUCCCAACGGUUAUUAUUUUGCAAUUGAUCCCAAUGGUUAUGUGCUGCUUCAUCCCAAUCUUCAACCAAAGCACAUUGGUGUGGGCAUCCCCAAAGUUAAACAAAGCAGACCCUAUGUCCAGAAUCCCAAAUCUCAGGAGCCCGUGACUCUGGAUUUUCUGGAUGCUGAGUUGGAGAAUGACAUCAAAGUCGAGAUUCGGAAAAAGAUGAUUGACAGUGAGAGUGGCGACCGGACCUUUCAAACGCUAGUCAAAUCUCAAGAUGAGCGCUAUAUUGAUAAAGGCAACAGAACGUACACGUGGACCAAGGUGAAUGGUACUGAUUACAGUUUGGCUCUGGUGUUACCAUCCUACAGCUUUUACUAUAUUAAAGCCAAGAUUAAUGAAACCUUAACUCAGGCAAAAUUCCUAAAGGUUAUUGCAACUCUGAAGCAAGAGUCCUUUGAUGAAUUUGGAUAUACAUUUUUAGCACCCAGGGACUACUGUAGCACAGUGAAAAUAACAGACAAUAAUACUGUAUUUCUUCAGAACUUCAUUGAAUUUAUGGAUCAAUAUUCACCCGAAAACCCUUCAUGUAAUGGCUUGGUGAUGAGAGCUUUGUUGGAUGCUGGCUUCACAAGUGAACUGGUCCAGAAUUACUGGAGUAAGCAAGACCCGGAGGGAAUUACGGCACGCUUUGUAGUUACAGAUGGAGGGAUCACCAGAGUAUAUCCCAAAAGUGCAGGCGAAUAUUGGACAGAGAAUUCUGAAACUUAUGAACAGAGCUUCUACAAAAGGAGCUUAGAUAAUGAGAAUUAUAUCUUCACGGCUCCGUUCUUCAACCGAAGCAUCAAUGAAGAUGGGAUUAUGGUAAGCAAGGCUGUGAAGAUCACCGUGAACGGAAAACUUCUAAAACCAGCAGUUGUUGGAGUAAAACUCAAUCUGAGCAGCUGGAUGACAAGCUUCGCUACACUCACCACUAAAGAUCAGUGUAAAAGUGGAAGUGAAAUUUGCGGGUGCGAAAAGGAUAGUCAGCAUAUCGAUUGUGUCAUUCUUGAUGAUGGAGGGUUUCUUUUGAUGACCAACCAAGAAAACUAUUUUCCAGAGAUUGGAAAGUUCUUCGGAGAGAUUGAUCCGGGUCUCAUGCGAAAUCUCAUUAAUAUGUCCUUGUAUGCCUUCAACAAGUCUUAUGACUAUCAGUCUUUUUGCGAUCCAGAGGAUGAACCGAAACAAGGAGCGGGAUUCCGCUCCGUCAACGUGCCUACAAUAGCAGAUAUUUUACAUCUUGGAUGGUGGGCCUCAGCAGCUGCCUGGUCUAUUUUGCAGCAGCUCGUCUGGGGGCUGACCUUCCCACGUUUCCUUGGGGCAGUGGAAGUGGAAGAGGAGGACUUCAGUGGGAUCCUGUCUAAACAGAGUUGUAUCACGGUACAAACACAAUAUUUCUUUGGGAAUGAUGAGAAAUCCUUCAAUGGCAUUCUGGAUUGUAUCAACUGUUCUAGGCUUUUUCAUGCAGAGAAGAUUUCCAACACCAAUUUGGUUUUCAUCAUGAGCGACAGUAAAGAGUUGUGUCAUCAUUGUGAUGCGAGGCCAUUGAUGCAAGCAGAGAAGCCUGAUGAAGGACCUAAUCCCUGUGAAAUGGUUCAACACCCCAGGUACAGAAAAGGACCCGACGCCUGCUUUGAUGAUGCUAAAGACGAUUCAGCCGAGUGUGGUGGAGCCUCUGGACUGAGCCCAUCACUCUGGUCGACGGUAGGAAUCCAGAUUAUCCUGCUCUGGAUGUUAUCCGGCAGCAGAGCUUGCCGAUUAUGACCCCGUGAAAACCCCAAACCUAAUCUAACCAACCAAGAUCCUGCCAAAAAAAAAAAAGUGAGCCCACCCUUUCCACUCAAGGAAAAAGGGGGCCCCAGUCUGCUCAGAGGGCAGACUCAGUGGCAAUGCCAGUGACUCGGAAAUCUUCUGUGGGGAAGAUGCUCGAAGGCACCUGCCAUGGCUGCAUGUUGGUGUGUCAGAUCCGUAACGCGUGUGUGAAUGCUUCAUCAUCUAGGCCAUUCAGAACCAAAUCCUGUAUGUGCUUUACCGUGGAGUGGCGAGGUUGGGGGGUAGGUCUUCUUUCGUCUGUGUGCUUUUGAAGACUUUUAUGUAAAAAAAAAAGGGCUCCCCCUUUAAAAGAUCACCCGGUUUCUGUUUGUUCGGACGUGGUUUUGAGCGGGUCGCACUCCUCAAACGUUGGAACAUCCAAUUUGUAAAGGAAAGGGGGGAAAAACCAAAAACUUGCCAUUUCCUUCGCCUUCUGGUUUAGAGUACCGAUUAUUUACAUGCCUGUUUCAACUUUGUUUGAAUACAAGCUCAACGUCAGUUUCAUUACGCUACCAUUUCACGCCGGUUCGCCGGUAGUAAAAUCAACCGUGGUUCAAUGCCGUCACUUAGAAAAACACAGAGCAUUCUUUACUCCUCUCCUCAUCUCCAUCACGAACGCGCCCACUGCCACUUCAAGCCCAUCAAUGCAACGGCAUUUAGCAGAUCUGAAUACGUUUCCAGGAUCUAAUAUAUUCUAGGGGAGAGAAUUAUAACCACGGUGGGAAGGCGGCAACCGGUUUUAAAAUAAAAAAAAUGACUUUUUUUAAGAAAAGAAAAGAAAGGAGAAAAAAAAGUUAAAACGUUUUAAGGAAGCCGUGGUGGGCUAGACGUGGAAGAUCUCCCGGAGAACUUCAAGGGUUGAAUUGGACGUGACGAGACUUUAAAUCAUGACGUAAAAUGCCUUAUAACAGAUUGUCUUUGUUUUCUAAAAACGAAUCGGGUUCCAUAACUUCAUGAACUGGACGCAAAGUUCUGAAACGGCAAGCUCGAAGCAACAAACGUCAAAAUGGAAUUAUUAUUAUUUAAAAAUUUCUCUCUUCAUCCCAGCAUCUGUCCUUUGUUGCUCAAGCUGUUACUUGUCCACGUGGAUUCCUGUUCUCAGAACAUCGUCUUAUCGAUUCCUCCAAAGUUUUCAAGACACAAUGUUUGUGAAUACAAAUGUCUUUGUGAAUACUGUAUAUCGAACGUUGGUUUUCAAGGGUAAAUUUGCAUGACGACGAAGCUGCUAUUUUGUUCAGGGUUGUUUUUUUUUUUUUUUAAGAUUUAGGUUUUGUUUUUUUUUCCUUUUCUUUUUCACGGUAGAGUGUAGUUUAUUGAACAGGUCUUUGAGUGAUUUUUGUUUUCCUGCUGUGUGAGAAACCAAAUAUUGCGGUGUGGUGCAAUUUAAUCUUAAGCUAUAUAUUGUUAAACAGAUACUCUGAAUAGACUGCACAAAGUAAAAGUUGAAAAGGGGGGAUGGUACAUUUAAUUAUCUGCUCAAAUGGGGAAAAAAAAGUGGGUUUUAUAGAUGAAAACAUUCACCUAAAUUACUGUUUACAGGUCCAGUCAGUAACUGAAAUCAAAUGGACAGGCGUUUAUUUCAAGGUUAAAAAAAAAUAAUAACUGCUUGUUUCUAGCAAAAUUAGGCCCACUUAUUAGGCAGCGUUUUACCUUCUGCUUUACAUCGCAAACACCAAAAUAAAAAAUAAAAAAAAAGUCAGAAAACCCAAACCAAUCCCUCUCAUAUAGAGUGAACACUUGGGUUUGAAGUAAAAAUACUGAUUUAGCAUGAACUCAAACAUCCGUCCCGUCAGUAAACAAUUACUUUGAAGUAAAGAAUGUUGUAGACAGAGAAUAUUUUAAUCAAGGACUUUUUAAAACUCCCCAACAAAUGUGUGGCUUUCCGGCUGUCACAGAAUUCUACUCAAAACCCUGCAAACUGCAAUUCUUUGUACGAGAACCCCGAUAAACUAUCAUUGCACUUAGCGAGUGACUUUCAUCUGAUGUUGAGCCCCAAGUGUUUGAAGCACUUCCGAGAAUGCAGUCAAAAUGCGUGAAUGGCAGGUCUUUAUUUUUCCUCUGUUCGCCUCCAUUUAUUUUUCUGAUUGUGGCUGAGCACGCUAGUGUGUUUCCCUCCCUUCCUCCUUUGACUUUGGCUGCAUCUAACUUUGAUAUUGAUUUCAGAGACGAUUCAAGAAGGAAUAACGAAGCUAAUUUUCUACUUUUUUUAAAAAAAAAGGGUGGAAUUUUUGCAGCCCCAAAGAAAUACUCUUAACAGAACGGAAUAAAUAUAAUUCGGAUUGCAACCUGGUUCUUUUUCUAGAGGUCUCAGAGUGGGCUGGCAAGAAUCUGAAUGAUCACUAGUGGCAACAAAACGACACAGAAAACCUUAAAUCUUUGUGUUGUCUACUGGUUGUGUGGAUAUUGGCAGUCCAGGUUUGGUAGCUCAACACUUCAUGGCGGGUAUUUCGUAUCUUAGUCCAGGGGUCCCCAAUCUUUUUGGUUCCAUGGACCGGCAGUGGCAGCUUUGCCAGAGGGGGAUGGCAUGGUUUCACACACACAAUAUAAAUUCCACACAUGUGCAAAUAAAGCUUUGCACGCUCGCCCUCCACUUUGGUGACCCGAUUCCCAAUGAGCCAUAGCCCGUAGUGGUCCACUGCCCAUGGGUUGUGGACCUCCUGUCUUAGUGCACUUCAUGGUUGCCAAAACUAGUCAGAGAUAUACUAUAUUUCAUUGCUCUGGUCCUCAGUGAAAAGAGUUCUGCUUGUUUAGUGUUAGGAGUCAAAUGCAGCUUGCUUCUGUUAAAGCGGCAGAUUGGUUAUUAUUUUUAAUUUAUUUAUUUAUCUAUUGGGUUUAUUUAUUUAUUGAAUUUGUAUAGCUACCCAUCUCACACGUGUGUCACUGUCUCUGGGCAGUGCACACAAUGAAAAAUAUACAUUUCUCAGGAACGGGAGGGCAAUUCCUUAAAAUGUGGCUGUGCAGAUCAAGCCCCCUUGCUGAAUUUUUGCUUAACAAUAGAGUUUGCCUUAAUCAAAAUAUUGGUCCUCAUCCUUAAUUUGCAGUAUUUUUUUUUUUUU